AGCCGUUUCCUGAACUUCCCGUGGAUCAGUUGAGAUUGCCCUCAAUCUUCUCAUUAAUUACCCUCUAAUGCCAUCAUGGCGACCCUGCUGCCAUGGCCUCUCUUCUGCGGCUCUGCCCUAUCUCGUCUCGCUAGGGUAGCUCCACCGCCGACAGCGACGCGUCUCCGCAUCCAGCGCAAGAGCCGCCGCCGCCUGUCCCCGUCCUCUCCGCCGUUCUAAUCGACCCCGCCGCCGACGACCUCGACCCAUCCACCUCCCCCUCCUGUUCGUUUGCAUCUCCAAGGAGGUCUUCCACUCUUCCAGCGACGCCGGCGGCGACCAGAAGGGCCAGCAGGUCCUCGCCGACGACUAAGGUUAGCUCAGGCGCUCCUCGAGUCUCACUUUACCCCGCGCCUCUCCUCUCCCGACCUGCCCAAGCUCCAGUCCACCGCGGCUAUGCCCUAGAGCUUCGCCGUCGUCCUCAUGCCCGCAUCGCCGCCACUGCCGUCUCCGCCGCGUCCUUACUGUCCCCACGCAAUCCGCCCCUGCUCGUUGAGAUUCUUCACAAAUUCACAGAGGGCUCCUCAGCAUGUCUUGGGCGGCAAUCGAGAAUGAUCCUGGUGUUUUUACCGAGCUGUUGCAACAAAUGCAGUUGAAGGGUCUCCAAGUUGAUGAACUCUACUCACUUGAUCUUGAUGCCCUCAAGGAUCUUCAGCCAAUUUAUGGGCUUAUAAUUCUGUACAAAUGGCGCCCUCCAGAGAAAGAUGAGCGUCCUGUUAUCAAGGAUUCAGUUCCAAAUCUGUUCUUUGCCAAUCAGAUAAUUAAUAGUGCAUGUGCAACGCAAGCUAUCAUUUCUGUUCUGUUGAACUCUUCUGGCAUCACCCUUAGUGAUGACCUCAGAAAGCUGAAGGAGUUCGCAAAGGACUUGCCGCCAGAGCUCAAAGGAUUGGCUAUAGUGAAUUGUGAAAGUAUCCGCAUGACCAGUAACUCAUUUGCAAGGUCAGAAGAGCCCGAGGAACAGAAAACAUCUAGCAAGGAUGAUGAUGUCUACCAUUUCAUUAGCUAUGUUCCUGUUGAUGGUGUCCUGUAUGAGCUUGAUGGACUGAAGGAAGGACCUAUUAGCCUGGGAAAAUGCCCAGGUGGUAUCGGUGAAAUGGGGUGGCUGAAGAUAGUGCAGCCUGUCAUUCAGGAACAUAUUGAUAAGUUCUCUCAGAAUGAAAUAAGGUUCAGUGUCAUGGCUAUCACAAAGAAUCGGAAGGAUAUGUACAUCGUAGAGCUCAAGGAACUUCAGAGGAAGAGGGAGAACCUCUUGUCACAAAUGGGUGAUCCUUCUGCCAAUCGCCAAAGGCCAUCUGUUGAGCGGUCACUCGCAGAGGUUGCUGCUCAGAUUGAGGCUGUGACCGAGAAGAUCAUAAUGGAGGAAGAGAAGUCAAAGAAGUGGAGGACAGAGAACAUUAGAAGGAAGCACAACUAUGUGCCUUUCUUGUUCAAUUUCCUUAAGAUCCUCGAGGAGAAGCAGCAGCUGAAGCCCCUGAUAGAGAAGGCAAAGCGGAGUUCUCACAGCCGAAACCCCAAGUGAAAUCUGCGCUGUAAAAUUUUAUCGUUCUGAUUGUUUCUUAUCGUGUAGAGAUAUGACCCUGACUGGCUUUUGUGGUCUUGUGGCUGACUGGCGUUGUUUUCUUGCCGAAUGUGAUUGUAGUUCUGGUCCUAGAUAGGACAUGCAUUUUGCAGUCUUAGUAUAUUCAGGCAAAUCUUAAUAUUUAUGCAGGGGAAUACCCUGACGUUUAUCAGAAUUAUAUGCACAUUUGAGGGUUGUUUCCCUA